AAGCUUUGAUCUUUUCUGUCUCUCAGCUCUCUGAAAGAUUUUGACUGCCCAUAUGCUGCAAAUUAGUAGCUUUGGAGUGAAAUGAGUAAUGAAAUGAAUGCUAAAGUUCGAACGGUUAGAUGCCCGAAAUGCCUUCAUCUUCUUCAAGAGCCUGCAGAUUUUCCUGUCUACAAAUGUGGAGGCUGUGGCACAAUUCUUCAAGCUAAGAGAAGGAAAAAUGAUAGCACUGAUCCUCAGCCCUCCUGCACUCCUGUAAAGGCAGAACAGCCUCGGAGUUCAGCUGAAAAUGAAACCAAUGGGCCCCACGAAGAAUCGUCUCUCUCCCCUGAAAGAGACGACACUUUGAAGGGCAAAACCGGCAUUGAAAGGAACCAAGACGAAAAGGAACAAUGCGGAGGCGAAAAGCUUCCUGGCUCAGAAAGCCAGGAAAGUUCGUCCCCGUUUUGCCCCUCCGGAAUCACACGCGAGCUCGAGAGCCCAGAAUCACACAAGUGUACAGAAGCAGCAGAUCAAAGCCCCGCAAACGAGAGCGUGUCAUCGGAGAACACCACGCGCAUUCGCCAUGAAAAUUCCGACAAGGAAAUUUCCCGGGGUUUGGACAGAAGCUUUUAUGAUUGUUAUGAUGGCAGUGCAUCUUCUUGUGAUGGGGAAGGAGAAAUCCUCAGUGUCGAUAAAGUCCCGUUUUUUAUGAAUUGCCAUGGAAGCCCUUCAACUUCUAGGAAAUCAGACUUCGGGCCACCGAGCAGCGGGAUCAUAGAUCCAGAGCCUGACAGGAUGGAACUCGUGAGGACGAUCUAUGAACUCGAGGACCAAAUCUGCAAAAUGCGUCUCCAAAGUGUAGCAAAUGCCAACAGAGAUCCUUUUCACAUGAAUACAAUGAAUUCCCGCGGUAGCCCUUCAACUUAUAGGAAAUCAGACUUUGGCCCAUCCAGCAGCACGGUCGCUGCUGAUCCAGCUGGACCUGACAGGAUAGAACUCUUGAGGAAGAUGAUCUAUGAACUCGAAGACCAAAUCGAGAAAAUUCGUCGUGGGAAUGGAAACUGCCUUCACAGUACAUAUCAUUCAAGACAAUCUCAAAUUCCGAGAAUGCCCUUUUCGGGAGUGGUCCAUCGUUGCUCGGCACAGCUUCCCUUUUCGGGGGAGGUCCAGCAUUGCUCGGCACAGCUGCCCGGGGGUUGCAUUUACUGUAAUACCCCUUGUUCAAGCUCACCAAGUCCUGGGCAUUCCUCUCUGAGCAGCCUGGAGAGAUUCCACCUGAGGGAGAAGUAUGCUAAAAAGCGCCAUCUUCUUCCGGUGGCCAGUGGGGCCCCCAUCAUAGCGUGCCACUACUGUUCGGAGAUGUUAAAGAUUCCAGCGGAUUUUGGGCUCUUCAAGAGAAGAUUCCACCGACUGAGGUGCCACGCGUGCAGGAACAUCCUCAGAUUCUCAGUUCAGAACGGGAAACACGUGGUCCCGCACUUCAAGGAGAUGGUAGCCCCUCCACCCAGCGAGGACGAUGACAUCAGCAAUGGGACCCCGGAAAACGUGGGGAGAGAAUCGGCAUCGCCGCUUCACCGGCUCAUGGGGUACUCCUCGGUCAGUCAAGUGAUGAAGGAAUGAGAUCCAUUCUUGUCUCUUGGGGUCUGUUUGGAUUGAGAGCUUAGUAUAUAUAUAGAAUGAUUUUUUUAAAAAAAAAAAAGUGAAUAAAGGGCUAUUGAAAUG